GAACAAUAAGUUAAUUCUUAAACAAUUACGGUUAAAUAUAAAUGUAAUUCAUGCUUUGUUUGAUACACCAGCGGGAAUAGGUGACAUGCAGCGCGCAUGUGCAAAGUUUUCAGUAAACAGUUAUGCCUAAGGGGCACAUAAUAGUUUAUUUAUUAUUGAUAAUCAAAGUGUAAAAGCCUAGUUUCAUGAGAUAAACCAAUAUCAAUUAGUAAUGUUAUAGAUAGUUUUCAUUAUUGUAGUCUUGUAUGUGUUCACGCAGAUUCACGCAUGCGUGAACGUAUCGUAAUGAUUAGACGCGCCCUAUCUGAGCCGGCGGCAGGUGGCGAAGCCCCAACCAUGUAUAACCGUGCAAUAAAACGUGGAUUUAUAACAAUAUAACAGUGUAUUUAAAUAAGUGAAUAGCAAAAUUUGUGUAUAUCUAAACAAGGCACUAAUAGACAGAUAGGCGAGAUGAGCUCACCCAAGUUAAAUGAAAGAUGUCCAAGUAGCAUGAGUAAUGGGAAAAAACUGCUUAGCAAUGACUGUAAGGAAGAUUCCUUGGAUAAUUCUAUACGAGAAUCGGUUAAAUCGGAAAGACCAGGAAAGGGUGAAGAAGAUUGGAGGAGGCGCACAAUUAUUGUUGAAAAGAAAAAUGGAAGUUAUGGGUUUACGUUGCAAAGUUACGGGAUACAUUACAAAAAGGAACAAGAGAUAGAGGUGAUAACUUACGUGGACCACGUGGAGCCGGACGGACCCGCAGCGCUGGCCGGCAUGCGCGAGGGCGACGUCAUCCUCUCCAUCAAUGGUGGCGACGUCGAGCGUGCCGACCACGCCGCCAUCGUAGACGCCAUCAGCGCCUGCGACUCACGCAUGCGCAUGGUCGUCAUAUUCGAAGACUGUGUGCGCAAAGUAGAACUCCAUCUCAAAUACAUCAACCUUCAAAGAGCGAUACAAUCCAAAAUGAGAGAACUUGAACAAUUAACAUUGCGCGAAAGACAACUAUUCGAUACCAACUGGAAAACUCAUAGUCUUCCCUCCCAAAAAAAGAAAAACUCACCUUCAGAUGUCAUAUCCGAUGGCGAAGAAAACAACGCAGGUGACAACAUCAAUGGAACUUAUUGUAGACCCACGCUGUCGAGUGAGAAUGUUACUGCAGCCAAACCUCCGCAACCCAAUGUUUUUAUGUAUCAAUAUUUAGAUCCGAGGUACGGGGCCUGUCUAAUACAGCCAAGUAUACAUUCAGGUAGUUUCGUGAUAACCGUCGGCUCUCCGCGAAACCGCCGUGACUGUCAGCAUUAUGUGGUAAAAGCUCCAGGAGAGUGUCACCGAGUAGUGCCCGACGGGUAUAAUAAGAGUUCUGUUAACAGCAAACACCCCAAGGUGCACAGAAACAGCCACAGUCACAGUUGUACUCCAUGUAUGCCUAAUUAUAGUAAUCAAGAUGCGAAUAGUUUGGAAGCAUAUGAUCUCGCAAGUCCCUGUUGUGAUCCACACUGCGUGCCCAACGCUAGGAAGAAGACACGACGGAAGAAAGAAUGCUCUAAAGAGCACAAAAGAAAAGAAAAAUGUCAGCAAGUCGAUAAGUCGACCCAGAAACCCGAUGGCUGUUCUCACACUCGUACCAAGAAAGUCUGCUCAUCUGGUCAUUGUUCAAGCCGGUACCGUUAUUUGGCGACUGAAUCUACCCAAACUAGUCAAUGUAGUCUACAAUCUUACGCUACCAGUAAUGCUACUGUGCAAUGUGACAAUUCUGCUUCUAGCUACAGUACAUCUUUAAGUAGCGACACCUUAUUUUGGGAUAAUGACCGAUCCGAGGCUAAAUCUUCGCCGAAAGUACAAUAUCAAAGUUCUCAUCAACACGUCAAGCCCAAAUCAUGGGAUAAUUUAACCACUAAAGCAUUCGGAGGUUACGGCUUUGGAUAUGGGUACUUGGACACGAGCAAUAAACACUCAAACCGAUCAAAAAGUCACGGACGAAGCCACAGCGGCCGGAGUACGCAGAGCCAUCACGAGUACCAACAUCAUGGUCAAGAAAAACAUUCUCAUCGACAGAGCGCAACGCCUCACCAUUACUCGGUUUACACUAGGAACCACAGUCGCUGUGCUCCUACAAAGUCCACCGAAAGCCUCAUUGUGGUACCUAAAUACCAAUUAGAAAGCAGUGGGUCCGAAACACGUCUCGCUUGUGAAUGUGCUGAGUCAAUAGAAUAUUAUCGACGUAUUAGCAUCACGAAGAGUCCAGGGGAUUCACAUUCUAAUGCCUACUAUCAACAUUUCAUGUAUCCUGCACAUUCAUAUAAGAAGAAAGAAGCUAACGUGAGCUCAGAAAUUACAAGGCUAUAAUUAGAUUAAAUUUUCACUGUAUGUAUAAUAUUUGUUUUCAUGCUCAAAAUAUGGCCUAGUAUUAUUGCCAAGUUGCAAUUUUUUAAUAAUAGAUAUGUAAUUGCUUGUGAUACAUUAUCCUUGCGACAACACUAGAAGUCUAGGUGGACGACUCACUCAUGCAAUGUAAAAAUAUUGUUUUACUAUUCAAUUGUGAUGGUUGAAAUUGUUCGUCCUAUUAUGCAAGCUUUUAGAAGCCCGAAAGACCAUCAUAUUCAGUAUUUAAUAUACCUACCUAAAACAUACGAGUACGUGUAUCCUGCAGUAAAACAAUUUUAUGGUAUUAAAGAAAGUUAAAUAUGAACAAAUAAAAAGUAGACGCUUUGCAUAGUUUCGACUUUUGAUCUAGCUUUUCGCAGCAUGACAUGUGAGCCCCUAGAGUUGUCGAAUACUGUACCUACUAUAAAAACAACGUACUUACAUCAUAUUUUGUA